GCAUUUUUAGUUUUUUAAAGUCUAGCAACACUGAAGCAUUUCAAAUAACAAUUAAAAAUACGUCGACGUCACUUUGAACUCGUCCUAAAUCACUGGUGGAAAAUUAAAAAUCGCAGUUUUGCUACAUUUUAAACGUUUUAACUAUAAGUAUUAAACAUGAGUGCGAUAUUCAACUUUCAAAGUUUGCUGUCGGUGAUUCUUCUGGCCAUCUGCACCUGUGCAUAUCUGCGAUCCCUGUUUCCCUCGUUCAUCGAUAGAAAUAAGACCGGAAUGAUGGGAAUAUUUUGGAAGCUGGCCCGGAUCGGCGAACGGAAAUCCCCUUGGGUGGCGCUGGCUUGCGUAUUGAUGGCGGCCUCGAUACUGUUCUACACGUAACCGUAAGUCCUCAAAGAUUAUGAUUAUACAAAUAAAUUAUUCUUUAUUA